AUGAGCGCUCCCGCUCACCCUGGCCCCACCUGGGCACAGAUCGAGGAAGCCACAAAGUCGGAUGCUGGAUCGCCCAUGGGGACCAGCCUGGUCUCCCCGCUUUGGCACCACGAUGACACGGCCAUCACCGACUUCGGCCCCUACCCGCUCGACGACGAGGUCGACCUGGUCGCAUGCCCCGACUGUGCCAAGACGGUGCUCCGCGAGGCACUCGGCUUCCAUCAGCAAAACUGCCGGCUGGCCAGGGACAUAGCAGAGGGGCGGGCGUCGCCCAGCAUCCUCGAGGGCGACCUCAAGAAGCGCAGGCUGAUGGCAGACGACAAUGACUCGGCCAUGGAUGUGGACGUCGAGCGGCCGACCAAGAAGACGAAAAAGGCAGAGGCAGAAGCUCGUCGACAGGCCAGGCUCGAGCUCAAGGAGCUCAAGCGCAAAAAGGAAAAGAAGAAGGGCGGCCGCAAGAAUAAAGGCCCGGUCGACGUCGACAAGCAGUGCGGCGUCAUCAACGACAAGGGGCUUCCCUGCUCGCGCUCGCUUACCUGCAAGUCGCACAGCAUGGGCGCCAAGCGAGCCGUCGAGGGCCGAUCCGCGCCCUACGACCAGCUCCUGUUCGAGUGGCAGGUGGCGACCAACCCGAGCUUCGCCGCCAAGCAAGAGGAAAAGGAAAAGGCGCUGGCCGCCAAGGCCGCCGCCGCCGCCGCACCCCCCAAGGAAAAGAAGAAGAAGGCCAGCUCCAAGGCCGACAAGGAUGGAGCCGGUGCAGGAGGCGGCGGCGGCGGCAAAAAGUCGGGCGGCCGCGCCGCAGAGGGCAAGGACGCGCACGGUGCGACGCACGCCGUCAAGCUCAUCGAGGACGACGACAUGGACAUGCACGACAUUGGCGCCGACGAGGCGCAGGUGGACCAGGAGCUGUUCGACAUCAUCGGCGCCAUUGCCACGGCGGCGACAAAGGACCGCACCACGCCGCUGCCCCUCGCGACGCGCACCUUUGCCGGGUGCUACACGUCGCGGGCCAAGAGGAUGCGCAACCUGCGCGGCCUGCUGCGCGAGGGUCUGGCCGGCGGCGGCCCACCGGGCCUCUCGGCCAUGGGCGGCGCCAUCAACGGGCGCGCCUGGGCGACCUCUGGCGGCGGCGCUGCAAAGAAGAGCCUCGCCUCGGCAGCCUAG